ACGACAAUUUUGAGGCAGAGAGUUCAGAAUAACUAUAACAAAAAAUGAAUACAAAUUAUACCAGGGCACUUUAGAGACUGGAAGGGUAAAGGGGCAUGUGCUCUACACAGGUAGAGACAUAUCUGUCCAUGUUGCCUUUUGCAAAGUGGGCACUGCUUCAUGUGGCAACACCACCACUCACCUAAAUAGCCCACAUGCCGCUGAGUGAGAAGUUUUUAAAAUUGUUUUUGGGCAGAAUUAUGUGAGGUGUUGUUAGUGAUGAGCCUCGGUCCAUUUAGCUCGGAAUAUGCCACCCUCGUCAAUCUGUCACCUAAUCCUGCCUAAUGGGCAGGUCAGCCCUGGAGGAAAGUAUUGGCUGUAAGAAGUAAGAGAACAUAACAUCUGGUUGUUUUUAAAUGACUUCUUUUGACAUUGCUUUAUUUUUGUUCCGAUCUGUGUUGCUCACUCCAGUCAGCAGAUGGCGAUGUGAGUUUUUCAGGUGAUGCUUCUUGCGUGACGUAUAAUCUAGUGGACGGAACAGGAGGCUUCUUCAACAGAGACAAAAGGCUUCCGUUUCAACCAAUGCGGUGGUUUGCUAGCGAACAUAGAUCCGGAGCAUUUAAGCUCUUUACACUAAUCUUCUGUAUAUUAAUCUUAGUGUUUGGAACACAAUUCUGUUUACGCAUCUACUUGUUAAUUUAAACGUAGUUUGCUUCUUAAAUUAGCGAAUGUGUUAACUUGAUACUGCACAAGGCUAAUCGCCCGGAGCAUGAGGUCACGAAACUAGACGGAGAAAGAUCUGGUGAAAGGAGAGGAAGAAGCUUUCAGAAUGGAAGAGGAGGCUAUCAUAUUGAAACAAGAGGAUGAUAUUACAGGGAAAGAGGAAGAUGGGAAAGAGGUUGUCAGAGUGGAACAUGAGGAGGUAGAACCUUUCAGAAUCAAAAAGGAUGAAGAUCCCGUAACAUUGAAGAAGGAGAAUAUAGUGAAAGAAGAGGAAGAACCUUUCAGAAUCAAAAAUGAGGAAGAUGCCGUAACAUUGAAGGAGGAGAAUGUAGUGAAAGAAGAGGAAGAACCUUUUGGAGUAAAAGAGGAAGAGGAGGAUAUCUCAAUAAAAGAGGAGGAAGAUGUUUUAGGAGUGAAAAAGGAGGAGGAGUCAGAAUAUCCGAUUACCAUCAGAGAGAGACAUGACGAUCCUGGAUCCUCUGGGGAGCCUCAACAACAUCCUGAUGCUGACGAGGCAGAGAAGAGUCUCCAGAUCAGAACACCAGAUGGACAACGCUAGCCCUUCCUCCCUCCCGGAGUCCCCGUUUCGUGCCUCUCCCGGUAGCACCUUACUGCUGGGUAUGAAGAGGUUGUCUGUGCUGCUGGUGGACUGCAGGAAAACAACGGCGCUGAGUGGAACUGUGAGAGGAGGAGAAGAGAAGAAAGGAUCAGAUUUGACUCAUCAAAGAGAAAGGCCAGACUCGGAGGAACCAAAUCCAGGGACGUCCAAACUAGCAAGACGACACCAGUGCUUCCACUGUAGAAAGGGUUGUAACCGGUUAUGGGACCUGAAACAACAUGAGGAAAUGCACACAGGGGAGAAGCCUUACCACUGUUCCCAGUGUGGAAAGAUGUUUCACCAGAAAGCACACCUGAAAGCUCAUGAGAGAAUACACACAGGAGAGAAGCCUUACCACUGCUCCCAAUGUGGAAAGUGUUUCAACCAGUCGGGGUGCUGAAACUACAUGAGAGAAUACACACUGGAGAGAAGCCAGUAAAAUGGAUUCAAUUGGGAGGUUUUCCUCAUGAAUCUGCACAACAACACCCUAUAAUGACGAAGCAAAAAUAGGAUUAGAAAUGUAUGCAAAUGCAUUUUAAAAUUAAAACUGAAAUAUCACAUUUAAAUAAGUAUUCAGAACCUUUACUCAGUGCUUUGUUGAAGCACCUUUGGCAGUGAUUGUAGCCUCAAGCCUCCUUGGGUAUGACACUACAAUCUUGGCACACCUGUAUUUGCGGAGUUUCUCCCAUUCUUCUCUGCAGAUCCUCUCAAGAUCUGUCAGGGUGGAUGGGGAGCGUCGCUGUGCAGCUAUUUUCAGGAUUUCUUCAGAGUUGUUCGGUCGGGUUAAAAUCCGGGCUCUGGCUGGGCCACUCAAGGACAAUCAGACUUGUCCCAAAGCCACUUCUAUGUUGUCUUCGCUGUGUGCUUAGGGUCGUUGUCCUGUUGGAAGGUGAACCUUUGCCCCAGUCUGAGGUCCUGAGUGCUCUUGAGCAGGUUUUCAUCAAUUAUCUCUCUGUACUUUGCUCCGUUCAUCUUUCCCUCGAUCCUGACUAGUCUCCCAGUCCCUGCCGCUGAAAAACAUCCCCACACCAUGAUGCUGCCACCACCACUCUUCACCGUAGGGAUGGUGCCAGGUUUCCUCCAGACCUGACGCUUGGCAUUCAGGCCAAAGAGUUUAAUCUUGGUUUCAUCAGAUCAGAGACUCACGUCUGUAGCCAUCAAUUGCUUUGAAAAGCUGGUCAUGGCUCACACCCAACCAUUAUCCAAGAAACCCUGGACCCACUCUAAUUUGCAUACCGCCCCAACAGAUCCACAAAUGAUGCAAUCUCUAUUGCACUCAACACUGCCCUUUCACAUCUGGACAAAAGGAAUACCUAUGUACAGUCGUGGCCAAACUUUUUGAGAAUGAUACAAAUAUUAAUUUUCACAAAGUGUGCUGCCUCCGUUUGUAUGACGGCAAUUUGAAGAUACUCCAGAAUCUUAUGAAGAGGGAUCAGAUGAAUUGCAAUUAAUUGCAAAGUCCCUCUUUGCCAUUCAAAUGAACUGAAUCCCCCAAAAACUUUUCCACUGCAUUUCAGCCCUGCCACAAAAGGACCAGCUGACAUCAUGUCAGUGAUUCUCUCGUUAACACAGGUGUGAGUGUUGACGAGGACAAAGCUGGAGAUCACUCUGUCAUGCUGAUUGAGUUCGAAUUUUGUAUUUUGUAUUUAAUUUUUUACCUUUAUUUAACUAGUUAAGAACAAAUUCUUCCAGAAUAACAGACUGGAAGCUUCAAAGGGAGGGUGGUACUUGGAAUCAUUGUUCUUCCUCUGUCAACGAUGGUUACCUGCAAGGAAACACGUGCCGUCAUCAUUGCUUUGCAGGCAAGGAUAUUGCGGCCAGUAAGAUUUGACCUAAAUCAACCAUUUAUCAGAUCAUCAAGAACUUCAAGGAGAGCGGUUCAAUUGUUGUGAAGAAGGCUUCAGGGUGCCCAAGAAAGUCCAGCAAGCUCCAGGACCGGCUCCUAAAGUUGAUUCAGCUGCGGGAUUGGGGCACCAUCAGUACAGAGCUUGCUCAGGAAUGGCAGCAGGCAGGUGUGAGGGCAGCAGGCAGGUGUGAGUGCAUCUGCACGCACAGUGAGGCAAAGACUUUUGGAGGAUGGCCUGUUGUCAAGAAGGGCAGCAAAGAAGCCACUUCUCUCCAGGAAAAAUAUCAGGGACAGACUGAUAUUUUGCGAAAGGUACAGGGAUUGGACUGCUGAGGACUGGGGUAAAGUCAUUUUCUCUCAUGAAUCCCAUUUCUGAUUGUUUGGGGCAUCCGGAAAAAAGCUUGUCUGGAGAAGACAAGGUGAGCGCUACCAUCAGUCCUGUGUCAUGUCAACAGUAAAGCAUCCUGAGACCAUUCAAGUGUGGGGUUGCUUCUCAGCCAAGGGAGUGGGCUCACUCACAAUUUUUACUCAGAACACAGCCAUGAAUAAAGAAUGGUACCAACACAUCCUCCGAGAGCAACUUCUCCCAACCAUCCAGGAACAGUUUGGUGAUGAACAAUGGCUUUUCCAGCAUGAUGGAGCACCUUGCCAUAAGGCAAAAGUGAUAUCUAAGUGGCUCGGGGAACAAAACAUCAAUAUUUUGGGUCCAGGGUCAGGAAACUCCCCAGACCUUAAUCCCAUUGAGCAUUGGUGUUCAAUCCUCAAGAGGCAGGUGGACAAACAAAAACCCACAAAUUCUGACAAACUCCAAGCAUUGAUUAUGCAAGAAUGGGCUGCCAUCAGUCAGGAUGUGGCCCAGAAGUUACUUGACAGCAUGCCAGGGUGGAUUGCAGAGGUCUUGAAAAAGAAGGGUCAACACUGCAAAUAUUGACUCUUUGCAUCAACUUCAUGUAAUUGUCAAUAAAAGUGUUUGACACUUAUGAAAUGCUUGUAAUUAUACUUCACUAUUCCAUAGUAACAUCUGACAAAAAUAUCUAAAGACACUGAAGCAGCAAACUUUGUGGAAAUUAAUAUUUGUGUCAUUCUCAAAACUUGUGGCCAUGACUGUAGAGACGGCAGGUGGUUAGAAAAUUGUGCCAGUAACCGUAAAGUUGCUAGAUCGAAUCUCUGAGCUAACAAGGUAAAAAUCUGUCUUUCUACCCGUCAACAUGGCAGUUAUGUUACGGCUUCUAGGAAUGUUGGGUGGAGGAGUCAAGCGCAGAGAGCAGGUUAGUUCCGAACGUGGAUCUUUAUUCCAAAGACAGCGAAAACGGACAUGUAAAACACAAGGGCCCAUGAAACAACCCGUCCAAACAAACAGGACUAAACUGUCUGGAAAAAUAGAGACCACAAAAUAAACCAACACCAUAAAACAGAGAACAAGCCCACACAAUAGCCAGCGGGCCUAGUGCCCUUAAAUAGCCUACAAACAAAACUAAACUCAAAACAGGUGUUACCAAUUAGACCCAAAUAACAGAAACAAAAAGGAAAGGGAAUCGAUGGCAGCUAGUAGGUGUCGUGGAGGAUCGUUUCAAAAUAUAACACUUACAAGAACUUGUGAAUUCAAUAUAGGCUUUUAAUACAAACAUAUCAGAAGCCUAGAUGGUUCGCGGAACACACACCUUCCCAGAGAUCUCUCUUUAUACACACACAGUAUAUGAGUCCAUUCCACAUGUUAAUGGAGUUACUUCCCUCUGGUCAUCGGCCACCAUUAUCUUUCAGUCCAGACUUCCUCCGUGUUCAAACUAAUAACGCCUGUAUCCGCUCUUCAUUAGAUUACAAUGGUGGCAGGACCCUCGUGUCCUAAAAUUAAUAUAUGUCUAUCUUACCCUAAGCACUUAUGUCCUUUACCCUAAGCACUUAUGUCCUUUACCCUAAGCACUUAUGUCCUUUACCCUAAGCACUUAUGUCCUUUACCCUAAGCACUUAUGUCCUUUACCCUAAGCACUUAUGUCCUUUACCCUAAGCACUUAUGUUUGUUCCUCUCUAUCUAAUCUUUAUAAUGGUGUUCUGCUCUUUCCAUAAUAGAUCAUGUAUUUAAGUGUCACCUCCUCCUCUUUGCCCUAAGCCCUUAUGCACAGUAAAGCACAUAUGGCUUCGACCAUCACACUUAUGUCUGUUUAAUCUCUGAAUUCCUGUCCGCUUUCUGUUUGUGGUCUAAUGUACACCUGUCUUUGCUCAAUACUGUCAUAUCUGUCUCUAUAUGUAACAAUAACUACAACACCUCCACAUUGACUCUGUACUGGUACCUCCUGUAUAUAGCCUCCACAUUGAUUCUGUACUGGUACCCCUGUAUAUAGCCUCCACAUUGACUCUGUACUGGUACCCCCUGUAUAUAGCCUCCACAUUGACUCUGUACUGGUAUCUCCUGUAUAUAGCCUCCACAUUAACUCUGUACUGGUACCUCCUAUAUAUAGCCUCCACAUUGACUCUGUACUGGUACCCCCUGUAUAUAGCCUCCACAUUGAUUCUGUACUGGUACCCCCUGUAUAUAGCCUCCACAUUGACUCUGUACUGGUACCCCCUGUAUAUAGCCUCCACAUUGACUCUGUACUGGUACCCCCUGUAUAUAGCCUCCACAUUGAUUCUGUACUGGUACCCCCUGUAUAUAGCCUCCACAUUGAUUCUGUACUGGUACCCCCUGUAUAUAGCCUCCACAUUGACUCUGUACUGGUACCCCCUGUAUAUAGCCUCCACUAUGACUCUCUGUCGGUACCCCCUGUAUAUAGCCUCCACAUUGACUCUGUACUGGUACCUCCUGUAUAUAGCCUCCACAUUGACUCUGUACUGGUACCCCUGUAUAUAGCCUCCACAUUGACUCUGUACUGGUACCUCCUGUAUAUAGCCUCCACAUUGACUCUGUACCAGUACAUUCCAGUAUAUAGCCUCCACAUGGACUCUGUACUGGUACCUCCUGUAUAUAGCCUCCACAUUGACUAUGUACUGGUACCCCCUGUAUAUAGCUUCCACAUUGACUCUGUACAGGUACCUCCUGUAUAUAGCCUCCACAUUGACUCUGUACUGGUACCCCCUGUAUAUAGCCUCCACAUUGACUCUGUACUGGUACCCCUUGUAUAUAGCCUCCACAUU